AUGAACGAAAAUUUAAAGCGAAUGUUCAGUUCUGUUGAUCGAGGAUCACGUAAACGAAUAGCACUUGAACAAUCAUGGAAAAUGAAUUGUUCUCGUCCCACAAUUCCAGAACAUUCGUUUAAAACUAUCGCAUUACUUGCUGGUUGCAGUAUUGAAGAAGUUAAAGAAUAUUUCGAGGCUCAGGUAUAUAAUGACGACAAUGACAGCCAAUCAUCUGAAGAUGGAUAUUUUUCUGAAGACAUGAAUCUAUUGGAUAUGUUGUAUGAGGAUCAAUCUUCAGAUCAAGAUUUUUUCCUUGCUGAAUCGAAUUCCUCAACUGAUACUGACGCUUCAUCCAUAAAAUCUCGAUGUGAAUUAAUAUCUGAUUCUGACAGUUCGAGUUCACAUGAAAAUUCUCAAUGUGAAAUGGAAAUCAUAUACGAAAGUUCAUUAAAUGAAACGUAUGAUUCUGAUUUUGUUUUAAAUAGAAUGGACGACACUGAAGAUUUUCUAAUUGACAUUGGUCGAGAUUUAUCAGAACCAUCUAACACUCAUUUACAAAGAAAGCCUUGCUAUAUCUCGCCCUAUGAUCGUUUACCUAGUAGUGAAGAACAGUGUCGGUUUCAAAAUUUUCGAGUUUUUAAACAGUUUUCAUCGGAUAAAUCUCAUCCAAGGGCGAUUGCAUCAACAUUCCAAAAUAUUUUAUUGAAAGAGCAUUAUCAUUUAAAAACUUUUAAAAAUGAGAUGAUUCGCCGCGUUUUAGAUUCCGACAUUCGCCAUCUUUGCGAUCAUUGUGUGACAACAAUUUUCAAUGGAUAUUGGAUGUGUUCGUUCUGUGGUACAGAGAUUUGCCUUGAUUGUUAUGAUGAAUGGGAUGAUUUUUCAAAAUCCAGAUGUAAAAAGGGUCGAGUACACAAAAAAGAAAAUUAUUUUCCAAUCUCACAUCUUACGCAACAUGAUGUUCAAAUUCUUCUUGAUAGUGUGUCAAAUGUAAUCUCUAAAAAAAAAGUCAAAACUAAUGGAAAUUUAACUCGAUCGCAUAUUUUGCAAACUAAAUGGAUUAACGGAGAAAUGGAUAUUGAUCAGUUUCAAUGCAUGUGGAAAAUUGGUCAUCCGUUCAUGAUUUCUAGUUUUUAUGAGAAACUCACUCAUCGUCUAUGGACUCCUAAAUAUUUCUCAAGGCAAUUUGGUGAUGUUAUUUGUUCAUGUAUUGACGUAGUCACGAAAACAUCACGUAAAUUGAAAGUUGGCGACUUUUUUGCUGGAUUCAGUUAUUCAAGUCAAAAUGAAAAAGGAAAAGAUCGUAGUCCUUGUCUAAAAAUCAAGGACUGGCCACCUAAUGAAGACUUUGCUAAAGCAUUCCCUCUGCAUUUUAAUGAUUUUAUGUUUGCUCUGCCUUUCAAACGAUACACACAUCGUAAUGGAUCUUUUAAUCUUUCUGCUCGACUUCCUCCUAAGACGAAUCCUCCUGACCUCGGGCCUAAAAUGUACAAUGCUUAUGGAUCAACUGAUGAAAUUGGAGGAAAAGGAACAACAAAUCUCCACCUCGACAUGACCGAUGCUGUUAAUCUUAUGACCUAUGCCACACCUCCUGAGCAACGUUCCAAAUACGAACGACAAUUCUUACAUGCUGCUGUUUGGGACAUUUAUAAGAUGGAUGAUCUUCCAUUGCUGUGUAAAUUUUUACGAAAGUUGGCAAGAGAACGAGGGAUUGUAAUUGAUCACCCGAUUCAUGAUCAAUGUUUUUAUCUUGAUGAGGCUUUAAGAAAACGACUUCUAAAAGAAUAUGGUAUUAAAGGUGUUAGAAUUUAUCAAAACCCUGGAGAUAUAGUAUUUGUACCUGCAGGAUGUGCACAUCAAGUUUGUAAUUACACAAGUUGCAUAAAGGUGGCAUUGGACUUUGUUUCUCCAGAAGGAGUUGAAAGGAGUUAUAAGAUAACAAGACAAUUCCGGAAGCUAAUGCCAGGUCACAAGCGUAAAGAGGAUAUUUUGCAACUCUCAAACAUUCUUUUUCAUACUUGGAUGGCAGUUACUUCAAGGCAAGGUUUUAAAACUAAACCACAAAAUA